AAAGCCCUUUAAAAACUACAAGGUAGAUUUGUGUUCGCCCCCGUAAAGCUUCCCGCGCACACAGUGGAAAAAGACAUAGCGGCACAGACAAAAUCAACCAUACUUUCAAUAAGAUCCACAUUCUAGGACAAACUGCUCCAUUUAACAUUUCUUGUUGUUACACAAUCUGUACAGCCUGUUUCCAAAAUGCCUCGCAUUGAGAAUGACAUCAAGCUGGACUUCAAGGAUGUGCUCCUCCGUCCAAAGCGGAGCACACUUAAGUCGAGGAGCGAGGUAGACCUAAUGAGGAGCUACACUUUCAGGAACUCCAAGGGCAGCUACAGAGGGAUCCCCAUCAUCGCUGCAAACAUGGACACCGUGGGGACCUUUGAGAUGGCCCUGGCUUUGCACCAGUUCACUCUUUUCACCACGAUUCACAAACAUUACUCCGUGGAUGACUGGGUGGAGUUUGCAAAACAGAAUCCUGAAUGCCUGAAGAGUGUAGCAGUUAGCACAGGGACCGGGGAAGGGGACUUUGACAGGAUUUCAGCCAUCUUGGCGGCGGUGCCAAAGCUGCAGUUUAUCUGUGUGGACGUGGCCAACGGCUACUCCGAACACUUUGUUCACUUUGUCAAAGACGUCAGGGAGAAGUUCCCCUCUCACACUAUAAUGGCAGGAAAUGUGGUGACAGGAGAGAUGGUAGAGGAGCUAAUCCUGGCUGGCGCUGACAUCAUCAAAGUAGGCAUCGGACCAGGCUCUGUGUGCACCACCCGCAAGAAGACGGGGGUGGGCUACCCCCAGCUCAGCGCUGUGAUCGAGUGUGCAGAUGCUGCCCAUGGCUUGGGUGGCCACAUCAUCUCUGAUGGGGGAUGUACUUGCCCAGGAGAUGUGUCAAAGGCUUUUGGUGCUGGAGCGGACUUUGUGAUGCUGGGCGGUAUGCUUGCUGGACACUCAGAAAGCGGGGGAGAGAUUAUUGAAAAAAAUGGCAAGAAAUACAAGCUGUUCUAUGGAAUGAGCUCCGACACGGCAAUGAAGAAACAUGCAGGAGGCGUGGCUGAGUACAGAGCGUCGGAGGGGAAGACAGUCGAAGUUGUUUACAAAGGUCCGGUGGACGUGACAAUACGAGACGUCCUGGGCGGGGUCCGAUCCACCUGCACCUAUGUUGGGGCAGGUAAACUGAAGGAGCUGAGCCGCAGGACCACCUUCAUCAGGGUCACCCAACAGCUCAACACUGUCUUCGGGAACGACAGCUGAAUGUCCAGCUUGAUCCUGCUUCAGAACCAAGGCUAUAAGUCUGCAACACUGCCUGAAUGAUGCUGUUUGUGGAUUGACCAUGCGUAAACACAAGUGAACAGACAUGAAUAUUAGUACUGAAAUAAGUAUAUUGGGUUUUGACUUCAUUGACAUUUACAGAAAUAUUUUUCAUUACACAGACUCGGAGUUGCUUUAGACUCUGAAUGUUACUUUUUUCAUACAGUCUACAAAGUGUUCCAGGGGCCAGUGUCCCUAGACAGGAAGAUGUAAGCUAGAGCAGUAUGUCUCCAGCUCUUUGUAUGUCUGCUGUCUCAUCAUUCCAAUGCAAGGUCCUUAAUUUCAGUUUUUAUGCAAAUCCAUAACUGUCUAUUAACAGUAUCUACAACAUGUAGUUAGGCUCUAUGCUAAUAUUAUACUGUAAGCCUCACACACACAUAUAAAAUUAUAGCAAAUGUCUUAAAUUAUUUCGAAAGUACUAAAUAUGUAUUUAGCUGCUGGGGCUAAUUAGGAAAUAUAACUCUUUUUAAGAAAUGCAAUCAUUCCACCACUCUUUAAGUUUUGCACUUUAAUUACUUGAGAUUUGAUAGAUUUAGUUUCCAUUAUCAUUUCAUAGAUAUGCUUUGAAAGUUCUCUUAAAUUUUUUAAAUUAAUAAGAUUAUGGGAUAAUUUAUAUAUGGACCAGUAUAUGCUGAAUGCUAGAGUACAGUACUAGAGCACAUACUGUACGGUACAGACCAAUGAAGUGCUGAAUUCAUAGCAGAGGUGCUAUUCAACAUAAAGAUAUAUUAUGCAGCCUUUAUCGUCCCUGGUUCUAGCUGCUCCUGAUCAGUACCAAAGUUUGUGUGGGCUCAUGUUAGCGAUGUGCACAUUCAAAUUAUUGUAUGAUUCAUAACAGCUGUAAAAUUAGGGGAUCAUUCCUUGGAGGUUUUACGCCUUGAGUAUUGGGUAAUUAUGGUUUCACUUCACACAGUGUCUGUAGAUACUCCACUUCAAGCUGUUAUUACAUGAUUUGUGUUAUUUCAUUUUCUUAUUGUCACAUUGGUGUGAAAAUAGCAAAAUGUAAAAAUAUAAAUGCAGUUUUCAGUCAUUAAAAACAUUCCACAUCUUAAA